AUGAAAGAAAAAGCUCAAGAGUUUUGGACAAGAUGGAAUUUUCCAAAUUGUAUUGGCGCAAUCGAUGGUAAACAUAUUCGAAUGAAGUGCCCAAAAAAUACCGGUUCUUUAUAUUUUAACUAUAAAGAAUAUUUUUCACUCGUCUUAUUAGCAUUGGUAGAUGCGAAUUGUAAAUUUUUAGUCAUCGAUGUUGGUGACGAAAAACUACCAGGCUCUGAUAAUUCUACACCAUUUGUUAUUGUUGGCGAUGAAGCAUUCAGACUUCACAGACAUAUAAUGAAACCGUACUCUAGAUCUACGGCUAAACAAGAUAGAGCAAAAACUAUUUUUAAUUACAGGUUGAGUCGUUGUCGUAGGGUGACGGAAAAUGCAUUUGGCUUAUUAGCACAAGUUUUCAGAGUAUUUCAUACUGCAAUAGCAAUUGAUGUAGAAGUAUGCGACGAUUUAGUUAUUGUCGCAUGUUGUUUGCACAAUAUGCUGAGAGAUGCGUUUUUAGAAAAAGGUAAUAAAAUUUACUAUGAAUAUGACGAAGGUCAAAGUAUUGAGAUGGGCACUUUAUGUAGUAGAGGUGGCUUUGCGAGUGCAGAUGGUUUUGAUGUUAGAGAAAAAUUUAAACAAUUUUUUAUUCAAGAAGGUGCAGUCUCGUGGCAAAAUCACCAAAUUUCAAGAAUAUCAUCUACCAAUACUUCGACCAAUACUUU